AUGACCAAAUUCGUGACCGCUCUUCGAAGGCCGCUUCAAAACGAUCGACACAACAUUAAAUCCACACAAGAAUGGAGAAAUAAUGAACCACAACGCAUACCUGGAGAUUAUCUUGUUCCAGAAAGACUAGAAGCUGCCCUCAAGAAAAAUUGGCAAAAUCAGUAUGCCGUUGAAAUGCGAUCGAAUGAGUAUCGUAUCCGCGCACCGGGUAAGCUCAGUGACAACGAAAUUCGGACAUGUUACUCCCCGGGGUAUUAG